GGCGCUGCGUCGCACUCCGCGCAGGCGUGGAAUGGUGGGGGAAGCGCCGCGCGCAGGCGAGAGUGGGGAGAGCGCCGCGAAGUUAGUCAGUGCGCAAUAUCGCGUCGUCGACGUCGGAUCGGAGCAGCCGCGAGUGGCGCGCCAGCGCGACAGAGUCUCGACUCUUUUUCUCCUCCCUCCCUUUAUCCCUCCGGUAAGAUGAACAACGCGCGAUAACUCUGUCGUCAGUUCGCGUUCCGUGUGGGUGCGUUUCGCGAUGCGCGAUCGUGUGGUCGCCGGUUUUGUGAUCGCGAAGAGAGAGACAACAACGACGACGACGGUGUGAUAUGCCGGUGGACGGUCGCUGAAGUUGGUGCGUCCUGCCGUCUGAAGUUGGCCGACGUGGAUUACUGGAAGAGAACGGCGACAAGUGCCGAGCCGGGGAGAUUCGUGGUGGAGAAUUACGGGAGCAAACCACGGAGCAGGGUGGAGGAGUGGCAAGUCCGAUAAUACGGCGAUGGGUGGACUGGCGAGAGGAUUUUGAGAGUUCGUAGCGAUACAUCGCACAGGUCAUCCGGGUCAAGUUUCGCCGGACGAUGGAGGUUUGUCCCUGAAAUGGAUCCAGGAUAGAAGAAGGUGCGUAGGACUCGCGCAGAGGCAGACCAGGAACGAGAUUUCAGGAUGGGGAAGUGUUGCAGUAAACGGCAAGAGCCUCAGCCGAUCGGUUAUAAGAAAGCAGAAACGGGACUCAGCUCAAAGCACAGCAAUGGAGGUUCCUUGGACCGAUACACCGCCGACCCAAAUCAGAGAGGCGUGCAAGCUCGGGCGGAUAUUAUCCGACCGAGGCCGACACCCUGUAAGCUACAGAUAUCGCAUCAGCAACCCCGUAAAACGAAUCCGCCUGUUAAAUCUGCAUCACACUCACAAAGAUCCAACAAGAUCGUGGUGGCUCUGUACAAUUACACGGCGCGGGAAAGCACCGACGUUAGUUUCGCGAAAGGUGACCGAAUGGAGGUCCUCGACGACUCCGAGCCGGACUGGUGGAGAGUGUUGCACUUAACGACCCUGCAGGAAGGCCUGAUCCCUUGGAACUUCGUGGCCGUCGAGCGAUCGGUCGAGAGCGAAGAUUGGUUCUUCGAAAAUGUAUCGCGCAAGGAGGCGGGCAAGUUGCUGCUGGUCGACGAGAAUCCUCGCGGUACGUUCUUGGUGAGGCCGAGCGAGCACAAUCCCCGGGGUUACAGCUUGUCGGUGAAGGACUGGGAGGAAGGAAGGGGCCAUCACGUGAAACAUUAUAAGAUUAAGCCACUCGACAAUGGCGGUUUCUUUAUCGCCACCAAUCAAACCUUCUCCAGCUUACCGGCCCUCGUUAUGGCAUACAGCAAAAACGCAUUGGGCCUCUGUCACGUAUUGUCGAAGCCCUGUCCGAAACCACAACCGGAUAUGUGGGAUCUUGGACCCGAAUUGCGCGACAAGUGGGAGAUCAACAGGAACGAGAUACAGCUGAUCUCGGAAUUGGGUAACGGCAAUUUCGGCAAGGUUUAUUACGGCAAGUGGCGAAACAAGAUCGAAGUGGCGGUGAAAACGUUACGUCCGGGAACUAUGUCGACCGAAGCGUUUUUGCAAGAGGCUGCCAUAAUGAAGCAGUUCCGACACAGGCAUCUUGUUGCGUUGUACGCGGUUUGCUCAAAGGAAGAGCCCAUCUACAUCGUGCAGGAAUACAUGUGCAACGGUAGCCUAUUGGAUUUCCUCCGGAAGGGAGACGGCAAGUACAUGCAAUUUGAAGAUUUGAUAUACAUCGCGGCUCAAGUGGCCUCCGGAAUGGAGUAUCUUGAGAGCAAGCAGCUCAUACACAGGGAUCUCGCGGCGAGAAACGUGCUGAUUGGCGAGAAGAACAAGGCAAAGAUUUGCGACUUUGGCCUCGCCAGGGUGAUCGAGGACGACGAGUACUGUCCGAAGCAGGGUAGCAGGUUCCCCGUCAAGUGGACCGCGCCGGAAGCCAUCGUGUACGGUAGGUUCAGCAUCAAGAGCGACGUUUGGUCGUACGGAAUUUUGCUGAUGGAGCUUUUCACUUACGGACAAGUUCCUUAUCCCGGUAUGCACGGGCGCGAAGUGAUCGAGCAAGUGGACAAGGGCUACCGUAUGCCGAAACCGUUGAAUCAUCCGCUGCCUGACACCAUCUACCGAUUGAUGCUACAAUGCUGGGAUGCCAGUCCCGAGAAGCGACCCACGUUCGAGUUCCUGAAUCACUACUUCGAGUCGUUUAAUGUCACUAGCGAAAUACCGUAUCUCGAACCGCCGACGGACUGAUAUACAGCCCAUCAGUAUAUGCAAAAUCAUCUAGCGCCGCACGGUCACUUUCAUCCAGCCCACAUCAAUUGUGCCAUGGAAUUUUAUGGUAUUUACUGCUAAGUAAAUUAUUUAGCGUAUAUCUUGUUGCCCUUAUUGAAAACUUCGCAGAUUGGCUGUAUCGUUCUCGCAGAGAGAAAAGACUUUUUAGUGGGAGACCCUCCCUCGCAAUAUUCCACAUCGUCGUGGCAUUUUUCGACUGCAAAAUUUUUCUACCGAUAGAUUUUGCGACCAAUCCUCACGAAAAAUAAUGCCGCGAACUCACUCAACUAUCACUGUCAAAUGCUGCCGAAAAUUCCAUCAUAAUUCCCGUCUCUUUUUCCUUCCCAUUCCUUUACAUGUCCUUAGUGUUAACGUUAGUAUUGAAAAAUGGAUCGCAAGUUGACUGUCACGGUAUUUUUGUAACAGUACCGUUUUCAGAAAUGAAUUGAAGAAAUUAAAGAUUCUAAUCUUUACGACCAAUCAGGCGUUAAUCGCAUUUAGAAACGAAAAACGUAAUCCUAAGACCGCAGGGAGCAUUGUCGAGACAUAUGCUUUACCUGCCCUCUCUUUUCCCCUCUUGGAAAUCUGCGAUUACUUACUUAAACGUGUUUUCAUACUUUUGACGAUGAGCAACCACAAUAAAGACACUAGCAAUGCCGGUAAAUUUAAACGGUAUUAGAGAGUAACGUGAUAUAUAUAAGUUUGGAGAAUGAAAUUCGAAAUUAUAGAUUAUACAAUAUAAUCGUAUGUUAGUGUGUAUGAUUACGAGAUAUAUAUAGCGUGAAAAAGAGAGAAGAAAGUGUGUAUGUGCGCGAGUGUAUGUAUUGCGUGUAUUGUGAACGUGACUUUUGUCGUACAAGAGUACAUUGUAUUUACAUUUUAUUGAUCUCGGAUCAUCCGAUUCAUCGCGGUUACAUCCGAAUUUUCCUAAAAUCCAGUUUUUGGAUACACACAGUCCUCGAGAAAAAUUUUGGUAUUACGUAUAUACAUAUUACUGUGUUUGUGUGUGAUGAAACUCAAUCGUGAGUAAUUAAAUAAUUUUCAAACGAAGGCUGAAUACGCUGACGGAUGAUAAAAUAUAGAUAUAAAGGAUAUCUAUGAAUUUUUCACGUAGUUUGUCCAUCGAGAGAAGAGUAUUUGAAAGAAAAGAGUAUUUUCAAAAUGGAAUGGUUAUUGCACACAGCCGCGCGGAGCUUUAUUUUCGAGACGAUAUUAUAACGUUCGACGAUUUAUUCCUCUAAGUGCUAAGAAUCGUGUAUACGAGUUUAUAUAUACGUACGCUUGUCUGUUAUUGCUGCGCAAUAAUUUUAUCUUGGUUGUAAAAAGACACACGCGAAUCAGCACGAUACGUAUAUCACUUUGAAACACGAAAGUCUUGGCGGUCUUAUUCCGAAAGCAACUUGUUCGUUCGAGAGUCUCUCCGAGUACGCACAAAAAUGUGUCUGCCAAAAACAAAUCCGAUAGCUUUCUACUGAUUUUUCUGUUUGUAUGUACAGCUCUUUCUUUUUGGCGCAAUAUAUCGAUGCAUUUAAUAUCGUCAUCAUUUCUAAGCAUAUAAGUUGUCUCAAGUACUGUACGCACGAAUAUAUAUGGCUCCGAGCCUGAUCCAAGCAUUUUCUGCGAAAGCGCAGUAAAUACCUCGCACAAAUUGGCGUUUUCAUUCUUCUUUUUUUCUCAUUUCAACAGUCGCUGUGUGAAUUACGACGCUCUUUUGCAAAGUAUCGUUGAUUUUAAGUUUAUGUUAAAGAGGGAGAAAACAAGAAAAGAUAUAGAAAUUAAAAUACGAGAGAGGCGAGAAAGUUAUUAAUAUCCGGAUAAAUGCGAAUGCCUGUAUGCGUUUGAGAAAAAAAUAUCUCCGAUGGGUUUUACGCAGCCCAGAGAUUAACGGAGUAA